AUACUCCUUUUAGGUCUCUAUAUCCUUUUAACGUCAAUAUGGUUAACCAACAUGGAGCAGGACAUUCCCCUUCAUGGUUAUUUUUAUUUUUAUUUUUUAAUAAUGGACAAAUAAUCGUUUCUUUUGUUUAUUCGAGAUCAUUCUAAUUCCGCGUCCUUCACUUGAAUCAUAAUGCUCCUUUCAUGGGAGGAGUCGUUGCUUUCUCUCCAUGACUGUUUCAAACAAGAUUGAACUCAUUCGUCUGGGUGCUCUCAAUCUUCUUUUUUCCUCAUUAAUACUUUGUUAUUGCCCAUUGAGCUUUCCUGACUAAUCCAUAUUUCAUUAUGUUUUUUCCUUCUGUGCCGACUCAUCUGUCUGAAUAAUAUUGCCAAUCUGCAUUGAUGCUAUAUAUCGACUAACUAGCCCGAAUUUUUAUUGGACUCUUUGGCAGCUAACCCAGGCGUCGAAGUAGCAGAUCCCAAAUGGAGGAUACACCAGAAGAACCUGAACCAAAUCCAAUGACAACUAAGUUGCAAGGGGAUGAAUAUUUGCCGCUUUCUGGGAAGCCAUACUGUGACAUCAUUCUUGCAAAAUCCCAUGUCGGGCCCCGGUAUCAAAUGGCACUUCCAGUAAAAUUAAAUCGAAUAAUUCCUCCUCUUAUGAUCCCCAUGGUUCUGACCUAUCGGGGAAAGAACUGGGAGAUGUUAUAUAAAGGAUCACAGUGUGUGAAAUGGCUUGGUUCUGGAUGGAAAGCGUUUGCGGAUGACAAUGAUCUCAAGGCUGGAGAUGCAUGUGUGUUUGAACUCAUGGAGUCCUGCAGAACGAAAAUCAUACUCAGAGUCCACAUUCUCAAAGGCGACAUCCCGUCCGAAUUUUUAGACAAGGUUGAGGGUGAGAGUUUGGCAUCUCCUAUUGUUAUUGAAUAGCAUGUCUCAUAUAAUGCCCUUUCCUUUGUUUCGUCAAUCUAUUUUAGGAAUCAUAAGACUUGAAAAUUCAGGACUGCUAGAAUCUGUAGCAGUAGUGUAAAUGUGUUUGUAAAUUCUAGCUGUUGAAGCAAGACAAUAUUUUCAUUUCGCAGCA